AUGAAAGCGUUUUAUGUGAUACUUUCAAUAUUAAUACUGUCAGAGGCAACUGUUUUGAGAACGAAAGAGAAUCUAGCGAAGAAUGUCACAUUGGAUAAAUAUGGAUUCCAGCCCCUUUGUGCGUCUUGCACAGGAUUAAUUACAGUUGCAAGUUUCAUUCUGAAAUUCGAUGUUUCGGAGCCAGUUGUUCUCGAAUUUGCCACUAUCAUUUGUAAACUUUUUGCCAAACAACCAUGGGCAGUUUGUGAUGGAAUAUCGUCGCAGUUCAGAGAUGAAUUCUUCUAUGUCUUCCGUCGUCUUGCAAACGAGAGUCCAUCUCAAAUCUGUGGAAUAAUUCUUCCUGAUUGUGCUGAUCCAACAGAUCCUUCUGAAGCUGGAUGGAAAGUUGCUCUGCCUCCAAAACCGAAAAGAAAGAGAGUUAUGAAGCCGAAGAGACCAAAAAUAUCUUCUCCAUCUCAAAAUUUAAAUAUUCUCCAAUUGACGGAUCUCCACGUGGAUUUCGAGUAUAAAUACCCGUCUGAAGCCAAUUGUGAUGAUCCAGUCUGCUGUCGGAUUUCAGUAGCAGAUCCGAAGAAAGCAUCAGGAUACUGGGGAUCAGUUGGGAAAUGUGAUAUUCCGUAUUGGACAGUUGAGAACAUGUUGUCACAUAUCAAUAAAACUCAUUUAAUUGAUAUGGUUAUAAUGACUGGAGAUUAUAUCAACCAUGUGGAUUGGGAAUAUUCAAUUGAAGAACAUCUUUCGGUUCUUCGGAAACUUCAUCAUCUUGUUCAGAGUACAUUCCCAACUACUCCCAUCUAUUGGGCACUUGGUAAUCAUGAAGGAGUUCCUGUGAACAGUUUCGCACCACAUACAGUUGACGAGAGGUUCUGGCCAACUUGGUUGUACAAAGAGUUUCAGGCGAUGAAUACACCGUGGUUGAGUGAAGGAUCCGAUGAUAGUCUUCUCAAACGUGGUUCAUACUCAACACAAGUUAUGGAUGGACUCAAAUUAAUUUCAUUGAACACAGGAUUCUGUGAAGUUACUAAUUUCUUCCUCUAUCUGAACCAAAGCGAUCCCGAUUCUUCAAUGUCUUGGUUCGUGAAGGAAUUGUAUGAAUCAGAGCUGAAAGGAGAGCAAGUCUAUGUUCUUGCUCAUAUCCCACCUGGAGAUUCGGAAUGUCUCGAAGGAUGGGCAUUCAAUUAUUAUCGAGUUAUUCAGAGGUAUUCCUAA